AUGGUCGUGUUUGCAAUGUAUAUUAUCAAUAAAGCCGGAGGCUUGAUUUACCAACGGGAUUUUGGAAAAUAUGCAAAAUUUGUAAAAACAGAAAAGGAAAAUGCAGAAAGGCUUCAACAAGAUCCAACAUCUCCAAUUCCACCCAAUGAAUAUGAUGGUAAAUUUGUGAAACCUUCAGGAAAUCAAUAUCUGACAUUGGCCUCAACUUUUCACGGUUUACAUGCAAUUUCUAAAGAACUCAUUCCUCCCCAUGCAAGAACACAACCCGAAGAAGAAAAUGGUGGAAUUGAAGUAUUAGAUGCAGACACUUUUAAAAUAUAUUGUUAUGCAACACCAACAGGAACGAAAUUCUUUUAUUUAUUUGAUGCCAAGAAGUUCAGCAAUGAUGGAGUGAGCACCAUGGAAGAAUGUUGUAAAUGGGUGUAUCAGUGCUAUGUGGAUUAUGUGAUGAAGAAUCCUUUUUAUGAAUUGGAAAUGCCAAUCAAAUGUUCGUUGUUUGAUGAACACUUGGAUAAGUACAUGGCAAAUCUGAACUCGACAUUGAAAAAGUCCAAUUAA